AUGGCACAAGAUGUUGAAGAGAUAAAGACGACAGAGCAAUGGAAAUGGUCUGAAAUGCAAGGCAUCGAACUUGUGUCAGAAGACUCAGACUCCACAUCUCCCUCUUCUAUUAAAGCCAACAAUAACUCCAAUAACAAAACAUCAUCAAGUAUUUCGAACACAUCUUCUAGUGUUCAAGUCAAAGGAGGGUCCCAAGAUUCAACAAUGGAAGUUGAGGUUGUUUCUGAAGGGAAGAAGAAAGAAGGCAACGAGUCAGAGAAGCCCGGUUCACCCACUCCCUCUGUUGGGAUUGGUGAGCUAUUCAGAUUUGCAGAUGGGUUGGACUAUUUUCUCAUGACAAUUGGGACUAUUGGUGCCAUAGUUCAUGGCAGUUCAUUGCCUUUGUUCCUUAGAUUCUUUGCUGAUCUUGUUAAUUCUUUUGGCUCAAAUGCAAACAAUGUUGAUAAGAUGACACAAGAAGUUCUGAAAUAUGCAUUUUACUUUCUUGUGGUGGGAGCUGCAAUAUGGGCAUCUUCUUGGGCAGAGAUUUCAUGUUGGAUGUGGACUGGAGAAAGACAAUCGACAAAGAUGAGGAUUAAGUACUUAGAAGCUGCUUUGGACCAAGAUAUUCAAUACUUUGAUACAGAGGUUCGAACAUCCGAUGUAAUUUUUGCCAUUAACACUGAUGCAGUGAUGGUCCAAGAUGCCAUUAGUGAGAAGUUGGGUAAUUUCUUGCACUAUAUGGCAACAUUUGUUUCUGGAUUUGUUGUUGGGUUCACUGCAGUAUGGCAAUUAGCUUUGGUAACUCUUGCUGUGGUUCCUCUCAUAGCUGUAAUUGGAGGCAUACACACUACCACAUUAGGCAAGCUCUCUGCAAAGAGCCAAGAUGCUCUUUCACAAGCUGGAAAUAUUGCUGAACAGACCAUAGCUCAAAUUCGGACAGUAUUGGCAUAUGUUGGCGAGUCAAGAGCAUUACAAGCCUAUUCUGCAGCAUUAAAAGUUGCACAAAAGAUUGGUUAUAGGACUGGAUUUGCAAAGGGAAUGGGAUUGGGAGCUACAUAUUUUACUGUUUUUUGCUGCUAUGCCCUUCUGCUCUGGUAUGGAGGCUAUCUAGUUAGGCACCAUUUCACAAAUGGAGGACUUGCAAUAGCAACGAUGUUUGCAGUUAUGAUAGGUGGACUUGCUCUGGGACAAUCUGCUCCAAGCAUGGCCGCAUUUGCAAAGGCUAGAGUUGCAGCUGCGAAAAUCUACCGAAUUAUCGAUCACAGACCGGGUGUUGACAAAAACAGCGGUUCGGGCUUGGAACUCGACUCUAUAACUGGACAAGUAGAACUGAAAAAUGUAGAUUUCUCCUACCCUGCAAGGCCAGAAAAUCAAAUUCUUCACAAUUUUAGUCUCACUGUUCCGGCCGGGAAGACGAUUGCCUUGGUUGGAAGCAGUGGUUCGGGAAAAAGCACAGUGGUCUCCCUCAUCGAGAGAUUUUAUGAUCCCACUUCAGGACAAGUUCUGCUGGAUGGACAUGACAUCAAGGCCUUAAAUUUGAGAUGGCUGAGGCAGCAAAUUGGGCUUGUAAGCCAAGAACCAGCACUAUUUGCCACCACCAUUAAAGAGAAUAUACUGUUGGGUAGACCCGACACGAGUUUAAUUGAAAUCGAAGAGGCUGCAAGAGUAGCUAAUGCACAUUCAUUCAUCAUCAAGCUUACAGAUGGAUAUGAUACUCAGGUGGGCGAGAGAGGAUUACAACUCUCGGGUGGCCAGAAGCAGAGAAUAGCUAUAGCAAGGGCAAUGCUGAAGAACCCGGCAAUCUUGCUGCUGGAUGAGGCUACAAGUGCGUUAGAUUCUGAAUCGGAGAAGCUUGUACAAGAGGCACUUGACCGGUUCAUGAUAGGAAGGACGACUCUAGUGAUUGCUCAUCGCCUCUCGACCAUCCGAAAGGCUGACCUAGUAGCUGUAUUGCAGCAAGGUAGUGUAUCCGAAAUUGGAACUCAUGAUGAACUCAAUGCUAAAGGAGAAAACGGUGUCUUUGCUAAGCUUAUCAGAAUGCAAGAAGCAGCUCAUGAAACGGCUCUUAAUAAUGCCCGAAAGAGUAGUGCAAGGCCAUCUAGUGCCAGAAACUCUGUGAGCUCACCAAUAAUUGCCAGAAAUUCCUCUUAUGGUCGAUCCCCGUAUUCACGAAGAUUAUCUGACUUUUCUACUUCCGACUUUAGCCUUUCCAUAGAUGGUGCAUAUCCUAAUUAUAGAAUGGAAAAGCUUGCAUUCAAAGAUCAAGCGAAUACCUUCUGUCGCCUUGCAAAGAUGAACUCUCCUGAAUGGGCUUAUGCUUUGGUUGGUUCUAUAGGCUCUGUUGUCUGUGGUUCUCUCAGUGCAUUCUUCGCAUAUGUGCUGAGUGCCGUUCUUAGCGUCUACUACAGUCAAGAUCAUUCUUACAUGAUAAGAGAAAUAGCAAAAUACUGCUAUCUUUUGAUUGGGGUUUCAUCAGCUGCACUUAUUUUUAACACAUUACAGCAUUUCUUCUGGGAUGUUGUGGGAGAGAACUUAACAAAACGUGUGAGAGAGAAAAUGUUUUCAGCAGUGCUUAAAAAUGAAAUGGCGUGGUUCGAUCAGGAAGAGAAUAUGAGUUCUAGAGUUGCAGCAAGAUUAGCACUGGAUGCCAAUAAUGUUAGGUCAGCAAUUGGAGACAGGAUUUCGGUUAUUAUGCAAAAUUCGGCCCUUAUGCUGGUUGCCUGCACUGCAGGAUUCGUGUUGCAAUGGCGCCUUGCUCUCGUGCUCAUCGCAGUCUUUCCCGUCGUUGUUGCAGCCACUGUUUUACAGAAAAUGUUCAUGACCGGAUUCUCGGGAGACCUGGAAGCCGCACAUGCUAAAGCCACACAGCUAGCAGGGGAGGCUGUGUCCAAUGUACGAACAGUUGCUGCCUUCAACUCGGAAUCCAAAAUAGUUGGCCUUUUCAUCUCGAGCCUCCAACCUCCACUGCGUCGUUGCUUCUGGAAAGGCCAGAUAGCUGGAAGUGGAUAUGGAAUAGCCCAAUUCUUGCUCUAUGUGUCCUAUGCCCUCGGUCUUUGGUAUGCCUCUUGGCUCGUCAAGCAUGGAAUAUCAGACUUUUCAAAGACCAUCCGUGUUUUCAUGAUCCUUAUGGUAUCGGCCAAUGGUGCUGCUGAAACACUGACCCUUGCCCCCGAUUUCAUCAAGGGUGGCCGUGCAAUGCGGUCUGUAUUUGACCUCCUCGACCGCAAAACUGAAAUUGAGCCUGAUGAUCCGGAUGCCACUCCAGUCCCUGAUCGACUCCGGGGUGAAGUAGAGCUCAAGCACGUGGACUUCUCUUAUCCCACUCGGACUGAUGUUUCAGUUUUCCGUGACUUAAACCUCCGUGCCAGGGCCGGGAAAACUCUCGCACUUGUGGGGCCCAGUGGUUGUGGCAAGAGCUCGAUAAUUGCACUGAUACAACGGUUCUACGAGCCAUCAUCCGGACGUGUUAUGAUCGAUGGUAAGGAUAUCAGAAAGUACAAUCUCAAGUCACUGAGACGACACAUUGCUGUGGUGCCACAAGAACCAUGCCUCUUCGCAACAACCAUUUAUGAAAAUAUUGCUUAUGGACACGAGUCAGCCACAGAAGCUGAGAUAAUCGAAGCAGCAACCUUAGCAAAUGCUAACAAGUUCAUAUCAUCAUUACCUGAUGGCUAUAAAACGUUUGUUGGGGAGAGAGGAGUUCAGUUGUCCGGAGGACAGAAGCAAAGAAUCGCCAUUGCACGAGCUUUCUUAAGAAAAGCAGAGAUAAUGCUGCUGGAUGAAGCCACAAGUGCUCUCGAUUCUGAGUCAGAAAGGUGUAUACAAGAAGCGCUCGAGCGUGCUUGUGCAGGAAAGACAACAAUUGUGGUUGCACAUAGACUAUCAACAAUAAGAAAUGCACAAGUUAUUGCUGUGCUUGAUGAUGGGAAAGUAGCCGAACUGGGUUCUCAUUCUCAUUUAUUGAAAAGCUACCCUGAUGGAAUAUAUGCACGUAUGAUACAGUUACAAAGAUUCACGCAUGGGGAAGCCGUGAAUAUGGCGUCAAGUUCAAGUUCUUCAGCACGCCCGAUUGACGAUCAAGAUCGGGAAAGCCAAUGA